AAGCCAGUAGGAUAAUUCUACCUGUCGGUGUAAAGAUUUUUAUUUAUCUUCACACCAACCCUCAGCAAUACGGCUUACCUUCUGCCACCACCUACCACCACUCCUCCUAUUACCGCUGCCGUGAUCCUCUCUGUCACUUUGAACUUCUUCAUUACAAAACCGACAGCCACCGUCCUUCUGUUCUAGUUUACUCCCAUCUUUUUCCCUCCUCCGCCAAGGUCAGCCAGACCUAGCCCAGCCCCUUCCCGGUCCAUCUUGACACCUUGAAACUACCAUAUCCGUACAUCUUGACCAAUUUUAAAAGACAAUGUCGUCUUCAGGCGUAAACUAUCAAAAUCAUCUAAUUCCACUAGAGGAGAUUAACCGCGCCACCGAAAACUUCAGUCAGAAAAGAUGUAUUGGCAGUGGCGGAUUUGGUGCAGUCUAUAAAGCACAACUCUCUGAACACUGGAAAAACCUCACAGUUGCUAUCAAACGCCUGGCUCAGGAUAGCUACCAAGGAGAGCGUGAGUUCCGCAACGAGCUUGAGAUGAUUUCCAAAUUCCACCACGAAAACAUCAUCUCUUCUAUUGGGUAUUGUGAUCAAGGUGGAGAGAUGAUUAUAGUUUAUGAGUAUGCCAUAAAUCGAAGCCUUGAUCAUCAUCUACAAAACCGAUCUAAGAUGGGUUGCAUAACAUGGAUACAACGCCUCACGAUUUGCAUUGGGGCUGCUAGGGGACUGAAUUACCUUCACUCGGGUCUUGGGCAGCACAACAGAGUAAUACACAGAGAUGUGAAGAGUUCUAACAUAUUGUUAGAUGACAAUUUAGUCGCAAAAGUUUCUGAUUUUGGCUUGUCAAAACUGGGUCCUAGAAAUCAGCCAGAUACCCAACUCAUUACAAAGGUUGCAGGUACGCAGUUUUACUUGGAUCCUACUUACCAUGAAAGUCAUAUCCUCAGAAAAGAAUCUGAUGUAUAUUCGUUUGGGGUUGUACUUUUUGAAAUCCUGAGUGGAAAUCUGGUUUAUCAUAAGAUGAGCACCGGAGACGAUGAGCGGCAAUUUCUCAUGACUUCAGUCCGACGAUAUUAUAAGAAGCAGCCACACAAUAUAAUUGAUCCCCAUAUAAGUGAUCAAAUUGAUAGUAAUUCUUUUGACAUAUUCCAAGAAAUUGCAUAUCAGUGCAUUAGUUUGAACUUAAUGGAACGCCCUACGAUGGACAAGGUUAUUGAAAGGAUUCAGAAAGCAUUAACCAUUCAAAUACAAAGUGUUCUCCAUAAACUAAGCACCAAUGGUCCUCACCGCCUAUCCUCUCUUGAAAUCCGCCUCCUUGCAAAAAUAAUGGAUGAUAACAGCCAUAUUUACACACACCAACUUACGACACCAAAUUCCCAGACACAAGAACAGGCAAUCAGCGCUUCUCAUAACUUCUCAAAUAUUUUUGAAGACGAGAAAGGUUAUAAAGCGUCCUCUGGGUCUGUUCCGGUGAUUGUUUUUGUGCUAAACGUAGGUAGCAUGGAAGCACGUGAGAAUGCAGCAGCUAGCCUUUACAUGCUCAGUCUAUUUGACGAAAAUAAGGAAUAUAUAGGUACUGAAGGAGCGAUCCCACCUCUGGUAUUACUGUUGAGUAUUGGUUCUCAUAAAGGGAAGAAUGUCGCAAUCACUAUUUUGCUUAGUUUAUGUCUAGAUCAGGGUAACCAAGGAAGGGCGGUGAAGGCAGGCGGAGUCACCAUUUUGAUGGAGCUUCUGACUGAAACACGGGGUGGGUUGAAGGAGGAUGCAUUAUCCCUUCUAGCCAUACUCUCAAGACACGCUGAAGGGAAGUUGGCUAUAAGUAAGGCAAAGGCUGUGCCUGUUCUGGUUGAGGUUAUUGGGAGUGGAUCCCCGAAUAACAAAGAAAAUGCAGCUGCAAUUAUGGUGGAGCUUUGUUCUGGACAUCAAAAGUAUUUGGUCGAGGCUCAAGAACAUGGUCUCGUGGGGAAAUUGAUGGAUUUACUACAGCAUGGGACUUAUAUCGGAAAGAGAAAAGCCGAACAAUUGCUAGAAAAGAUUGAAAACCACCGCCAUGAUCAUCACCACUCCGACACUUAGGAUGUAGAUCAUGUUAAUAGGACUUCUGGGCAUGCAUUGGGAUGAAUAAAGAUUCUGGACUAUGAUAGAGAGGUAUUCAAUGCACUAACCGGAAAGGAAGAAUAUAAGUGGUGACGAUUAACAAAGCACAAUUGAAUAAUUUUUUGGGGCAAAAUUGUUGAAAUGUAAUCUAGAAUUAGGGUUAUUUUUGUAAUUUUACAGUUGGUUCAUGAAUUAGUGCUCUUAUUGAA